AUGCCAAAUAUUGUUGAGAAAUCAAUUUCAACAGUAAAUGAAAAACAGCCAAUUCCAUACAAUUGCAAAAAUACCUAUUUUCUUCAGAUAGCUUUAGUGGUAUGUUCUUCAUUGGUAAUGACAGGAUUUUGUAUCCUUUGCGCUAUAUUUUUCACCUAUUCCGGUGCUUUCAUACUUCACAUUUGCCUUGCAUUAACCGGUGGAGUAGCUGUCUUAAUUGGCGUCUUUACACAUUUUCCAAGUGCGCUUCUGUUCCAUAUGAUUGUGCAGAUAGUUUCUACGAUUUACUUAUCAAUCAUUGCCGUUUUAUCCAUAAACAUGUUCUUCAAUCCAAGCCAAUGGAAAUUUGAUAAGGCCAAUUUUCUUGGCCACACAAAUGAGGAAAUUCGGGAAAAUGGAGCUAUACUGAUGUGUUUCUCAUUAUCACUGAUACCAAUAUCACUCUGUUCAUUGGCUGCUGCCAUCCAACUUUUCCAUCGAUAUGGUGAAGAGAAAAGGAAUAAUAUAAAAUCUAACGAUAAGGUUUAG